AUGAAGGGUGGACGCUUCUGGCCCAGUGGGCUGAGCCCCAAGAUGGUCUUCCCUCCUCUUCUACUCAAGUCUACUCUCAGGCUGAGAAUACAGUCUGCUCAGACCCCUUCCCAGCCUGAGGGUGACCCACUGGACCAAUUAGGAAGUGGAGGUCUGGGGGAGGGACCGUCCCAUCCACAUCACACAGUCCACUGGAUCGAGAGUCACAACAAGUCCUCAACUGGCUCUGUGUCUCCCUUUCCAAAUGUGUUUAGAAAGAGGGCAGUUUUAAAGCCCAGUUUUGGUGACAUUCCCCUUUGA